UCUGCUUUCCAAGAAGACUUGCUUCUACAGGGUUUACAGGUACAGUGCAAAGUGAGAUGGAUGCCAACGGUGACACAUGCAAAUAUCUAGUCGCUCGCUCUAUUUACUCAGAAUCAGACUUCCAGAAGAAAAAGGACAAGAGAAAAAGCACUCAGAAAUCAUUCCGAAAGAGGCUAAAAAAGAAAUGCAGCAGCUGCACAUAUAAAAAGACUCUCCUGGGAGCAAAGUCACUUUUCCCAGUCUUUGAUUGGUUGCCCAAGUACAAAUGGAAGGAAUUGUUUGUUUUCGACCUAGUCUCAGGAAUAAGCACAGGAUUGGUUGGUACACUGCAAGGUUUGGCAUUUGCUCUACUUGCUGCGGUUCCUGCAGGAUAUGGCCUUUACUCAUCGUUCUUUCCUGUUCUGACAUAUUUCCUGCUGGGGACAUCAAGACACAUUUCUGUCGGGCCAUUUCCAGUAAUCAGUCUGAUGGUAGCGACAGUAGUUUUAAGGAUUGCUCCAGAUGAAAACUUUAUUAUUACCAACUCAACAGAACUAAACGGAACAGUGAUGGAUACAGACGCCAGAGACGCAGCCAGAGUGCUUGUAUCAGGAACACUUAGCUUUCUAAUUGGAAUCGUACAGUUGAUACUCGGAGCACUUCAGUUUGGAUUCAUCGUCAAGUACCUGGCUGAUCCGUUAGUUAGAGGAUUCACCACGGCUGCUGCUUUGCAAGUUGUGGUAUCACAGAUUAUAUUGAUGCUGAAUAUUUCUGUAGGAAACUAUGCUGGAGUAUUUUCUGUACUAUAUAAACUUGGUGAUAUUUGUUCCAACAUUGGAAAGACAAACUUUGCUGAUCUUAUAGCGGGAAUUUUGACAUUAGCCAUAUGUGUGGUGGUGAAAGAAUUAAAUGAACGAUAUAAAAACAUUCUCCGUGUUCCCAUUCCCAUCGAAGUAAUUGUGGCAAUAAUAGCAACAGGGAUUUCUUAUGGAGGAAGUUUAGAAGAAAAUUAUAAUGUGGCAAUUGUACAGACUAUUCCAAGUCAUUUCAUACCACCUAUGUCACCAGAUCUGAGCUUGUUCCCAGAAAUAAUUGGAUCAGCUAUUACUAUUGGAAUCAUAGCUUACAUUGUAGCUGUGUCUCUAGGAAAAGUGUAUGCCACAAAAUAUAACUAUGUGAUCAAUGGAAAUCAGGAAUUUAUUGCAUUUGGGAUCAGUAAUAUAUUUGGUGGAGUCUUUUCCUGUGUUUGUGCCACAACUGCUCUGUCACGUACCGCUGUCCAGGAGAGCACCGGUGGGAAAACUCAGAUCGCUGGUUUGAUUUCGGCUGUAACUAUCAUGAUUGCUAUGUUGUCACUUGGCAGUUACCUUGAACCACUGCAGAAGUCAGUGCUGGCUGGUAUUCUCAUAGCCAAUCUUAAGGGCAUGUUCCUGCAAACACUGGAUAUUCCACGGUUAUGGAGACAAAACAAGUGGGAUUUAGCCAUCUGGAUUUUCUCAUUUGUUGCAUCAUUCCUUCUGGAUCUUGAUUUAGGAUUGCCCAUCAGUUUAGGAUUUGGAUUGUUCACUGUGCUGCUACGUAUCCAGUUCCCAUCGUGUAGUGCUCUUGGCAACAUUCCUGGUACAGACCUUUACAAAGAUCCCAGGAAAUACAAAUGUGCUGUGGAGUCCAGCGGAUUUAAAAUUGUUCGGUUUUCCAGUGGUAUCUUCUAUGGCAAUAUUGAUAGUUUGAAAAAUGGUAUAAGCUCUUUAGUUGGAUUUGAUGCAGUUAAUGUAUUUAACAAGAGAAACAAAGCAGAGCGGAAGCUAAACAAGCUUAUGAACCGAAGACAUUUGAAAGCAACCAAGAGCGAGGUUGGCAACGACUUUACUGGUGAAGAUGAAGAUGAUGAUAUUGUGUCGCAUAUGGCUUUAAAAGAGGGGGCAGUAAAACAUGAUGCACAAACAAAAGAAGUGAGGAUACAUAUAGACUGGAACUCGGAAUUACCAGUCAAAGUGUCUGUUCCAAAAGUAAAUAUUCACAGCAUCAUCUUGGAUUUCGGUCAAAUAACAUUCCUUGAUGUGGCUGCAGUGGAAGCCCUUAAAAUGAUUUUAAGAGAAUACAAGAGGAUUGACGUAAAUGUAUAUAUUGCCGGAUGUGAUGACAAUGUGUUUGAAACAUUGGAAAACUGUGGUUUCUUUGAUAACAUCAUCAAACCAGAAAUUUUCUUCCUCACUAUUCAUGAUGCAGUGCUGUACAUAGAGGACCAGGUAUUUGGUAGAUCUAAUCAACCUGACUUGAAAACAGACUAAACCUUUGUAUAAAAUUGGAGGUAGGACAUGAGACCUCCACUAAAAGAGAAUAUAUCAUUUUCUUCAGAUGGACAUUCUUCCUCAACGGCCUAUGAAGUGCCAUUGUAUACUUCAAUAUUUGAAUCUUGUGUAUAAAGACAGACAUUAUGUGACCAAUCAUGUAUAUCUUUAAAUGCGAAUAUUUUUUUGGUGCUUAAAAAGAUGACUAUUGUUCUAAUGAGA